ACUGGAUGUAGCAAGGAAGAACUGAGUGAUACUGGAUGUAGCAAGGAAGAACUGAAUGAUACUGGAUGUAGCAAGGAAGAACUGAAUGAUACUGGAUGUAGCAAGGAAGAACUGAGUGAUACUGGAUGUAGCAAGGAAGAACUGAAUGAUACUGGAUGUAGCAAAGAAGAACUGAGUGAUACUGGAUGUAGCAAGGAAGAACUGAGUGAUACUGGAUAUAGCAAGGAAGAACUGAGUGAUACUGGAUGCAGUAAGGAAGAACUGAACGAUACUGGAUGUAGCAAGGAAGAACUG